UGUGAUGCCUUACGUCAGUGCAGCAGCAGAUCCUCCUCAGAGGAGAGGGAGCCAAAGAUGCCUGCCGCAUCCACCUGAGGAAUGGUCAGCCAGACAGCGCAGCCACCCAGAGCGGCCUGUGUAUUCAGCGCAGUCUCAAGGUGAUGUUCAAGACCCUGAUACCCUUCUGAAUUCAGUUACCCUCUACAAAUACAGAGUAUUUUCCCAGGAGCGGUGCAGCUAGAUAUUGAAGUAGAUCUGUCCCCAGGUUUGCAAAGAUCCCCUACUCUGAUUUCAACAGAGGCUGUACAACUUUACAUUUCUACCAGCAGUGCACAAGGAUUCUUCUUACUUCACAUCCUCAAAAGCGCGAGCAAACUAGUUCAAUAUAAGAUUUGUUGGUUCAGUUCCCGGGUUCCUCCCUCUGGCAAGAUGACAACAUCUGAGGAGGAGCUGCAGAAGCUGAGGCUACCGGACCUGCUGGAAACUGGAAGGCAACUUCUAGAGGAAGUGGAAGCCUCAACCCAACCCAUGGGCUCCAAGCUAAUCCAGGAUAAGGUGAAGAGGGCUUUGGAACUCCUGGAGAAGGCCUCAGACAUGUUGUCAGAGCUGGAUCCAUUCAGCCAGAACGAAGAUUGUGAGGAGAUUGCUUCCCCUGACCUCAAGUACCUGAUGCUCCCAGCCCUGAAGGGUGCGCUCACACUGAAGCUGGUGGGCACCAGCCGUCGCUUCAACUACCUGCAGGAAGCUCGAGAGCACUUCAUGAACUUCCUUACCCAGAGCCACAACUACCACGUGGCCGAUUUUCAGCUUCCCUGGGCGCAGAGCAGCUCACCAGAAGGCAACCCAACCACUUCUGCCAUCCUGGAGCCUACCCUCGUUGCCAUGGCAUCCCAGAGGCAAGCUAAAAUCCAGAGGUACAAGCAAAACAAGGCUGUGGAGCAAAAACUGUCCACUCUGAAAUCAGCAGUGGAGAGCGGUCAGGCUGACGAGGAGCGUGUGCGGGAGUAUAACCUCCUUCAGCUUCGCAGGUGGAUUAACAUCAGCUUGGACGAGAUUGAGAGCAUCGACCAGGAGAUAGAGAUCCUGAGGGAAAGAGACGUCUCCCGUGAGCCAGCAGCUUCUCCCUUGCCUCCUCAGAACAGGCCUCCCAUAAAGCCCUUCAUCCUCACGCGGAAUGUUGCCCAAGCACAAGUCUUUGGAGCUGGGUACCCAAGUCUGGCGACUAUGACUGUGAACGACUGGUAUGAGCAACACCAGAAAUGUAAGGAUUUAGCAUCAGGUCAGGAAGUUGAAAAGCAGGCACCACCACCACUUGAAUCGCACAAGGCAUCUCAGGAAGAAGGGAAGGAACCAGAGCAAAAGGGAGAAGCUGAAGACGAGGAUGCUCACCACCACCGAAUGCAGCAGUGGGAUGACUGGAAGGACACCCAUCCUAGGGGCUAUGGCAACCGACAGAACAUGGGUUAACCUUCUCUAAGUGUGAAAGAACAAUGGGUCACUCAUCUCCCCUACACAAGGAUAACCCGGCUCUCUUCCCUUCCUUGGGUCUCUACUCCAGAUGUGUGCAACAAAGGCAAAGAUACUGAAAUCUUGCUUCAUAUUCAAUGAACUACCACUAUCAAGUCUGAUUUUCACCAUAGUUAAUGUCCAGAGCUCUCAUUUGGGUGGUACUCUCACCACGGUGUAUAGAAGCUACUUAAGUGAACAGAAAGGAUGUUGAGAAAUGACUGUACAAUCACAGACUGUGUGAUUUCUCCUUAAAAAAAUAAAAUUCAUCUGUCCUUGAAAAAUAUAUAUAUCUAGAGAGAACAUUAACAUAAGUUUCAUUACAGUGGUUUAAAUCAUUGUUAAUAUCUGGACAAGACAUAAAUUUGACCACAACAGUUAUGUGCAUUUUGGGAAAUACACAGUAUAUGUAAGAUUGGAUCAUACCAAGGUGCAGCAGUUUUAGAACAACAAAUUGAGAAAUCCACAGAAGGAUGUUACAAAUGGCCUGAUGAGUCUGGGGAAAAGACUGCUGAACACUCAAAUGGUUUUGUUUUGGUUCUAAUAGAAUGUAGAUUGCAUGAACUUACAGAACAGCCACCUUCUUUACUUAUGGAAUGUCUAGAAUCUUCUGAACAAAGAGUUUAUAUGGAGGUGGGAGUUUCAUUAUCAUUUGCUGAGUUGUAAAUAUGCCUUUUAAAAAGCCUUACAUUUACAUUACAAAUAGCUUCCUGAAAAGAGAGUGGAAAUUUAACAAUAUUUAUCAAAUAUAAAACUAUGGAUAUUUGACUCAUAAUUUUUAUACCCAUAUAUGUAGAAAGCUGAUUUAAACAAACAUAUAGUAUGGCAAAGUGGUGAUGUACUCCUUGUGAAUUCUUAAAGGUAGAAAGUAUGUUUUCAUCUAAAGAGACGUGGAUAAAUUAUCUUUUGGUAAUCAUACAAUAGACUGUGAGUAAACUGUGAGAAUAAAAUGAUUUGGAUUUUGUAGUAGGUGACUUAGGAAUAUUUACCUACCAAUAUAUAUACAUAUAUUUGUAUGGAAGAAAAGUGAGAUGACAAAAGUAAAUAAGAAUGAAAUCAUCCUAAUUGUGUAAAGGGAAAUAACCAUGGAAAACAUGGUGUGAUAUAUAGGUAUCUUCUGUUACUAUUCACUCUGAAUCAUCAAUCAAACACAUGUUUAUUGUGAAUAAAAUAUUCACUUCUGUGAAAUUAUUAGCAACUGCAUCCUCAAGAAAAGAGAAACAAAAAUAAAAACAAGAUUAAAAAACAAAACAUCUGCUUGUUGGAUAUCAAACAUUAUCCAUGACCUCAAAUACUCAUUAUGAAACACCAUUUGAAAAUUAUCCUAGUUUCAAGAAAAUAUCCUAGUUUCACAGAACUUUCUCCCUGUUUCGAAACAAUUACUGAAAGAUCAGAGCUGCCUAUACUAAUAUCCUAAUUUAAUGUAGUCCAUCCCUUUGAAUUUUUUCUGAAUUUUGGUCCCUAAUUGGUUCUUUCAUUUUACCAAUUUUGUUGCAGUGAAUGAUUUGUUUAUUUUUUUCUUAUCUUAGAAAUGUAUCAACUAAACAUUGUCCUUUGGAUUCAAUAUGUUUUCAGUUACAAUGGAUUACUUAGUAAAUGGUUAAAUAUUUGUGAACCUGGGUCUUUAUGAGCUGAAUCAGGAAAACAAUGAUAGAUAAUAUCUGAAUGAAGUAGUCAUUGAAAGUCUGAAUGAUUUCCAUUGAACCAUUAGUUACCACAAUGUGGGCAUUGAAGGAUCAAGUUAAUACUUAAUCAUACAGAUCAUUACACAUGGAAAACCGAUGAUAGAAUAUGUAACCCCAAAGUAAUGACUGUUGUAAUAUUUUGAGAGCUUCAGUUUUAGAAUGAAUAAAGAAAAUGUGGUACAUAUA